AUGCGCAACAUCAUUCGUGAUGCAAGCAUCGUCAACAGGCAAUCCCAAGCCGCGCAAACCCCGUCCCUCACGAGCGCGAGGCUUACCAAAUCCGACAGAGAGUGCUUAUGGCCAUCACCUAAUGACCCACCUGGAGGUGCUGCAAGCAAUGCAUCCGGCUCUGUACAGUCUGACACGUCGCCGGCUCAGGAUGCCUCUUCUAUUGCCACUACAUCACCGGCGCCUGCCAGAAGAGCGAUCCCACCUGAGAUUGAUCCUCAGCUUUGGAAUGCUUCUCCCGAGCUCCUGUUUGAAUCGCCAUCGACUGUCAUCAACUCGUUACCUUCUCCCAACUCCGCACCUCUAGCUUAUUACGACCUGCUUGCUGAAGAUGCCAUCAACAAUAUCGACAAGUACAAUCUCAAUGUGGACCUAGACAGGAACAACUUGUCCAGACAGCAAAGUCCAGCAACCGACGCAGCAAGCUCUGAUCGACACCCGCUUUCAUAUGAACGAACGGAAGAUGCCGAUCCAUCGGGACACGAGCCGUGGAACUGUAUCGAUGUCAUACCCAUGUCGGACGACGAGCUUGUGCUCUUCCAACACUACGUCAAUGUCAUUGGUCCCAUUUUGGACUUGAACGACCCUUCCAAGCAGUUUACAUACACUGUUCCUUCUCUAGCCGUCCACAAUGUUGGCCUUUUGAAGUCUUUGCUCGCCGUGUCGGCGCGGCACAUGGCACUUCUGAACGAGCCACAGCUUCGUCGGCUUAACAUACAUGAUCCGGAACCAGGCUCUGAAGAUGGCAGGACCAGACAACUUCAUAGUCCGUUGAUUCAGGUGGCGACGCAGUAUUACUAUGAGACUCUGCACUACCUAUCGAAGAAUCUCUUCUACCCGUCCUACAAUAAAUCUAGGGAAAUCAUAUCAACCUCCAUCCUCAUCAGUACAUAUGAGAUGUGGGACUCUGAAGGCCAGUACAGCAAUGGAGCCUGGGAAAGACAUCUUCGUGGCAUAUUCUGGAUACAACGGAGCCAGAAUAACAACGGAGAGUCCCCAGAUCCGCUCCGGAGAGCCGCCUGGUGGCAAUGGAUACGUCAAGAUACUUGGGUUGCGUUCCGCGAAGGACGAAGGGUUCUCACUAUCUGGCGGCCUACCAAGCGUUUGAUGGAUCUCAGCCCGGAUGAACUUGCGUUACGGAUCGUGUACAUAUGCGGAAGAUGUGUGGACUUUGCAGCAAAUGAGAAGAAGUACGACCUGAACACGCGCAUCGAGCAAGCUGGAAAGCUCUUACAAGCGCUAGAGGACUGGCAUGCGGCGCUCCCGAUGUCCUUUCAACCCAUCCAUCGCGGCCCUCCACCUGGCCCUGGCGCUCUGUUCACACCCAUCUGGAUCCAUCCUCCUUCGUACGCCGCUGCCAUGCAGACCUUUCACUUUGCGCGAAUCAUCGUUCUCAUCAAUCAGCCAUCGAUGGGAGGUGUGGACGAGUUCAGAAUUCGACAGCGCACUUUGGACGAAAGUGUAGACAUGAUCUGCGGCAUCGCCAUAACGCAUCAAGGUAGAGAUAUCGCGAGCGCCAUGGUCAACUUCAAGUCUAUCUAUGCUGGUAAGCUCCUUCACUCACGUACCAUCCAAAACAAAGCUUACAGUCUCUAG